AUGGGGAAGGCCGGCGCCAAGAAGAAGCUCCCCAACGCGCCCUUGGGAGAGAAGAAAAAGAAGGCCAACCCGCUGUUCGAGAAGGCCCCUCGUAACUUCAGGCUCGGCGGCGACAUCCAGCCGAAGAGGGAUCUCAACCGCUUCGUGAGAUGGCCCAAGUUCGUGCGCCUACAGCGCAUGAAGCGGGUUAUGCUCAUGCGGCUCAAGGUCCCGCCUGCCAUCAACCAGUUCAACAUGGCCAUCGAUAAGAACCAGGCCGCGCAACUGUUCAAACUGAUGAAGAAGUACAUGCCCGAGACCUCCGAGGAGAAGAAGGCUAGGCUGAUGGAGAUGGCCCAGCAGAAGAAGGACGGCCAGGAGGUGAAGACAAAAAAGCCCCAAGUCAUCAAGUACGGGCUGAACCACGUCACGACCCUGAUCUCGAAGAAGAAAUACUGGCAUAUCAAUCAACUUUUGGAGGUCAACCGCUGA